CUAUGCCUUGAAUGUGUCUCUUAUCUACUCCAGGGCUGAGGACACUCUUUGUGUCAGUAGGCAGUGUAUACUUUUUCCUUUCAGUCCUGGCCAGAAAAAGUAGGAAUUCUGAAAAGCUGCAAUUAUCCCUCCUGGUUCCUUUGUACCCAGCUCUGUAAAUAAUUUAUUUGGAUUUAAGGGCCUAGAGACGGAAAAGCACAUUGAGCCUCUUGGUAACCAGGCAAAUUCUGCGUUCAGAACUUGAAUGCAGCGGCAAAGAAAAAUGUUUCUUUGAAAUCAGAGAAGACAGAGUGACCCAAGGGCUCAGGCGUGAGGUGAGACUGGAGUUGGUCAGAUGGCAGCCUGAGAAGGUUUUUGUGGCCUGUAAAGAUCACCUGCGAGGUUUCUGCGUCCACGUCGGUCACUCUCGCCACGGGAUCUCGGAAGCGCAGCUGUGGAGGGGAAAUGCAGAGCUGCCCCAGCUGGCGCUUCCCAAACCCCUCCUGCUGCACUCAAUACCUGGAUGAAACAAAGAAAAUUGUGUUUGCCAGGCCAGCUCACUGAAGUCACAAGAUUCCGAGUGUCAUGCUGCAUUCCGGGACGCCUAGCACCUCUCCUGGGGAGGGGCUCGCUGCUGAUCAGACUUUUCAAAUAAAGACGUUCAGCACAGAGUUGAAAAACCAUGUGAUGGUCAUGGAUUUGGUGAAGAGUAACUGGUUUCCCUCCCAGAGAAGAGCCAAAGUUUGUAUCAUCCACUUGUGUCAAGGCCUGAAGACGGCAGAGCAGCCAGCCAGCAGAUAUGAGGUACGGCUGGACUCGGGGGGAGCUGUCUGCGCACCAAGAGAUGCAGCUGCGGUGUGUCCUCGGACAGUGCAGAUCCACAGCCGGGUUUUCUCAUCCCCUAAAGAUCGAUCUUCCCGGGAAAGAGGUGAAAGUCUUCUGAACGCAGGACCAAGGGACAACCACUGCAGUCCUAACAAUCCAAUUGCCCUUCGGAAUCUCCAAUCAGAUGUUCUAGAGAGGAAACCGGACUUCCCCAAGGAGGCUCUGACAUCGCAGAACUCAAGAAUGAUUUCAUCCAUAGUAAUUUCGCAGCUGAUUGAUGAGAAUAAACCCAGAGAACCCGGGGCCGCCUUACCCCUGCCAUGUGCGAUCGCCCAACCUCGAGCAUGUCCCACCAAGCCAGCGUCCACGAGCCGCAGCAGAGUCAGCAUCCACAGGGCCUUGGCGUUACUGCCCGGCAAGCUGGGGGUCCACAGACGGUCAGACGAGCGAGGAUCGGAAGCUGAACGGCUGCCCACUGCCGACCCAGGCCUCCGCAAGGGGUUCGCGUCCAUCACCAUCACCGCCCGGCGUGUUCGCCCAGCGGCCAGUGCCCUGGUGUGGGGCACUGUUGGGGAGUCGCCGUGUCCCCGGUGCAGGGCCGAGGAUGCUCUGCUCGGGGUCCCAUCGGCGGUGACUGACGGUGCCCAGCCACAUCAGCACCACGGACCUUUUGACUGCGCAGAGUGCCCCAGAAACGGCUCGGUGACGAGGCUGAAGGUUCCCGAGGCCCGCGCGGGGCUGUGUGCGGGAAACGAGUACUGGGUCACGCACGUAGACCACCAGGAGAGCGGGUUUUCUGCCGACCCUCGGCCAUCGGGAAAGACUCCCCUGGCAUUCAGUUCCUGUGUCCACCUCCAGGUGUCUCGGCAGUGUCAGAAUUCCAUCUACUACCUGGACAAGUCUCUGUCUGUCCCUGUUGAGCCACCUCAAAUUGCAAGCCCCAAAGUGCACAGGUCCGUCCUGUCCCUCAACCUCAGUUGUAGUUCCCACGGGUUAACAGCAGAUGGAGUCGACGGCCCAGCUAACCGAGAGCCAAUGAGCAGCGGCCUGAGGCAGGAGCUCGCAGAGGGAAACCCGAACCUCCAAAGCCCACGCUGGAGCCCAGCUUUACAAGAAAGCCACUCCAAGGAAAACCCAUCGUUGGGGCGGGUGCACCUGGGGACUGGCGCAUGUCCUUGGAGUAGCUCUCCUCUCUCGGAAAAUAUAGAGCUUGCAGAUGUUGGGACUAACCUGGACACUGUGAGAAAAGGGAAAGAGGACCACGCGGCUCCUGGCACCAGCAGUCACGCGGAGCAACUGGCCAUUCACAUUCCUGGCUGGAGUUACAAGGCAGUAGAAACAAAAGUAUAUUCUGGAAGCACCAAGGAGCAGCACGGAGCAGCGGGUGUGUCAUUGUCUGCUCCCCCCGAGGAACAGAAGCCCAUUAAACCUUUCCCUCCCGAUGGGGACAGGCCACCAAGCGAUGACUGUGAGUCUAGCGACCUUUUUGAGCCCAGAGAGAGACAACAUCCAAGCCUCCUGAGUCCCAAAGUCCCUAUGCCUGGGUUUCUGUGCCCCUCGCAAGAGGCAAGGCCGACUCUGCAGGAAGACAAUGGUGCUCAGAUAGAAAGAGGGCUUCCCGAAGGAGAGUACACGUGCUGUGACCUGGUUGUAAAAAUAAAAGAAUGUAAGAAGAGUGAGGACCCCACGGUGCCCGAGCCCCCACCAGCGCCGCCCUCACCAGCGCCGCCCUCACCAGCAGCACCCCAGGGAGCAGAGACCCUGGACCUGUCACAAGAGGGUUCUGAGCUUGAGCAAACGCCUGCCAACUCCUUGACCUUGCAGGAAGCUCUGGAGGCCCACAGGCCUCAGUUCAUCUCUCGCUCUCAAGAGCGGCUGAGAAAGCUGGAGCGCAGGGUGCAGCAGAGGAAGGCCCAGCAGACGGAGUGCCCAGAGCAGAAGCAGAGCCGGCUCCCCGUGCGCGCCAACAAGAAGCAGUUCACCGUGCCCCAUCCUCUCAGUGAUAACUUGUUCAAACCCAAAGAAAGGUGCAUUUCAGAGAAGGAGAUGCAUAUGAGAUCUAAAAGAAUCUAUAAUAACUUGCCAGAAGUUAAAAAGAAGAAAGAAGAGCAAAAGAAAAGGGUUAUCUUACAGAGCAACAGACUCCGAGCUGAAGUCUUCAAAAAGCAAUUACUGGACCAGCUCCUUCAAAGGAACGCAGUCUGACCUGGGCUGCCCUGCUGACCACAACCUGGACCUUGGAAGACUUCAAACACUGGAUAAGCCAUUAAACUUAGCAUUACCUUCACAACAUGAAAACACGUAUUUUACUUUUGAUUUUUUUUUUCCAUAAAGGAAAGAAUCACUUCCUGAAUGACCCAAACAAACAGCACGCCUGAGGAACUAGGUCAGCAGUCUUGCAGGGAUAUUGACUCCAUGGAACCCGCUAGUCUUUGUCCCCUUCUUUUUUUUUUUUUUUUUUUUACUUCUGAAUUUUAUCUUUGUGUCUAGGGCUUCUCCCGGCCAUUUCCACCAAGCAGAUGGGCCUUAUACACUCAAGUGUGUUUUGGUCUCUGGGGGAUUUUUUUUUUUUAAAUUUCUGGGACCAAAAUCCAUCACUUUUUAUAUACAAAUCCCAACAUCUGCCAAUUCUUGCAAAAUCCAAAAUGGGGGUCCUCACAGCAUGUUUUAAAACAUGCACCCCUAAUGCCAGAGACUGCAGACAAAGCAGACUGCCUCCCUCAGCUGCCCUCUCUCCCCAGCCCCCCACAGCGCCUGACCUGGCUUAGCUAGAGUCUGUUUCACCGGAAGCUGAGGGCAGAAUCAGCUGAUAACUCUGUAGGAACAUCAGUGUUUUCUGCACACGCACCCCUUCCUCAAAAGCUGUUUUGUUAAAGUGGCCUAACAGCUCCAACUCUGCUAUUUGUUUUUCCAGACACUUACAAUGUCCAGUAUUUAUAAAUGUAUUCAGGAAGUUAAGAAAAGCUAGUUUUUACAGCAAAAAGGAAAUAAAUGCAAUUAUUAAAAAAUUCAA